GGGCGCCUGCGCACCGGGCCCCGCGCGUCCUCCAGGACUUACCCAGCAGGCCCCGCGGCAGCCUCGGUCAAGAUGGCGGGCCGGUCAGUUGCAGCAUCAAGCCGGUGGCUGGAGGGCAUUCGGAAGUGGUAUUACAAUGCUGCAGGGUUCAAUAAACUGGGGUUAAUGCGAGACGAUACAAUAUACGAAAAUGAGGAUGUGAAGGAGGCCAUAAGAAGGCUUCCUGAGAACCUUUACAAUGACAGGAUGUUCCGCAUUAAGAGGGCGCUGGACCUGACCAUGAGGCAUCAGAUCUUGCCUAAGGAGCAGUGGACGAAAUACGAGGAGGAUAAAUUCUACCUUGAACCUUAUCUGAAAGAAGUUAUUCGAGAAAGAAAAGAGAGAGAAGAAUGGGCAAAGAAAUAAUCAUGGUGUUGAAAUCUGUGGUUGCAGCUGCCCUCAAAUACUUCGAAGAAGUUGGGUAAACGUGAAAUGUACAAUUUUGGAACUAUUUGAGCUGCUAAUGUAUUACUUUAAAUAAAUGUCUACUGUAGUUAUUAUUGGA